UGCUGCUACCCCUCAGCCAGCCAGCCCGGCACCCCAGCCAUGGAGGACCUGGAUGCUCUUUUGUCUGACCUGGAGUCUACAACAUCCCACAUUCCCCGGGCUGGGGCUCUUAGGGACCAGCCCCAAGAAGCCACCACGGCUCCUCCUCCCUAUACCCAGCAACAACAGGUAAGAAAAGCAGCACUAAGAGGGGAAACUUCUGGGGCCUCAGGAGACAAAGACCAUCUAUACAGCACCGUGUGUAAGCCUCGGUCCCCAAAGCCUGCAGCACCCCCAUUCUCGUCCAGUGGUGUCCUUGGUGCUGGGCUCUGUGAGCUGGACCGCCUACUACAAGAGCUCAAUGCCACCCAAUUCAAUAUCACAGAUGAAAUCAUGUCCCAGUUCCCAUCCAGCAAGGCCACUGAUGGGGAACGAAAGGAAGAGCAAUCUGAGGAAAAGAAAAGGCCCACCACCCCCCCUAGCCCGACGCCUUCACUGCCAAAACCUUCAGCCACCUCAGCUACCUUGGAACUGGACAAGCUGAUGGCGUCUCUUUCUGAUUUCCGUGUCCAGAACCAUCUUCCUGCCUCUGGGUCUACCCCAAAACCAGAACUGAGCUCAGUGAGUGAUACCACACCACCAACCACCACCUCAGGGCCCACCACUGAGGGCAGUCUGGACACCAUGCUGGGGCUGCUGCAGUCAGACCUCAGUCGACAGGGAGUCCCCACCCAGGCCAAGGGCCUUUGUGGUUCCUGCAAUAAACCCAUUGCUGGGCAGGUAGUGACAGCUCUUGGCCGGACUUGGCACCCAGAGCACUUUUUAUGCGGAGGGUGCUCCGUGGCUCUGGGAGGCAGCAGCUUCUUUGAAAAGGACGGGGCCCCUUACUGCCCUGAAUGCUACUUCGAGCGCUUCUCCCCGCGCUGUGGUCUCUGCAAUCAGCCCAUUCGCCACAAGAUGGUCACCGCCUUAGACACCCAUUGGCACCCUGAACAUUUCUGCUGCGUCAGCUGCGGGGAACCCUUUGGGGAAGAGGGGUUCCACGAGCGGGAGGGUCGCCCGUAUUGCCGCCGGGAUUUUCUGCAGCUGUUCGCCCCCCGCUGCCAAGGUUGCCAGGGUCCGAUCCUGGAGAACUACAUCUCGGCUCUGAGUGCGCUCUGGCACCCGGACUGCUUCGUCUGCAGGGAGUGCUUUACGCCCUUCUCGGGAGGCAGCUUCUUUGAGCACGAGGGGCGCCCGCUCUGCGAAAGCCACUUCCAUGCCCGGCGCGGAUCCCUCUGCGCCACCUGCGGCCUCCCGGUCACCGGCCGUUGCGUUUCGGCGCUGGGACGCCGCUUCCACCCGGACCACUUCACCUGCACCUUCUGUCUGCGCCCGCUCACCAAGGGCUCCUUCCAGGAGCGCGCGGACAAGCCCUACUGCCAGUCCUGCUUCUUCAAGCUCUUCGGUUGAGCCCCCACCCACUCUCCCACGAGGAGGUCCCACCGCAAGGAUAGAACCCUACCAAGAAAGGCCUUCUUACCCAUUCCGAGGAGAGGCUGCACACCGAAGGAAGGCCCGCCCUCCCCCCUCAAAAGCUGGUUCCAGAUUAGACUACGUUCCCAGUGAAGCCUGGCUGGGGAACUAGAUCCCUGUCCAAAGUGAGGUCCUUUCCCUCCCCUAGGCUGGCUCAAAAAUAGAGCACAUUCCCAGAGCACUUUGCCUUUUAAUUAGAACCCAAGACCAGCAGACUCCCAUCCCUUAAGACUCCAGUCCAAAGGGAGGUCGGGUUUAAGAAUGGACCAAGGCUCCAGGUGCCCAUUAAAUAGAACCCAGGCCCAGGAGGUCCACACCUAUCACAUAAGGACCACCUCGAGGGAGGUGUUCUCCCUCCUACAGGAAACAAGGCUUCCUGGGAAGUGGCCCUUCUCAGAAGCGGCCCAACUCUUCCCUGAAGCUCCAUCCCUCGGGAGAAUGUGAAUGGAGAGACAAAGGAGUGUGUAGUGAAUCCCCUUCUGGGGAAGGGAGUGGGAGGGGGAGGGAAAAGGGGGAAGUGAAGUCAGCCUUACACUGGUUGACUCAAGCCACUCCACAGGAAUAGACUUUCAGGGUAUACUUAACUUGGUUGAGGGCUCUUGUCUAGGGUUCCCCAGUUGUGGGUAAUAGGAUCCCUCUCUAGGUUUUAAAGCACUUGCAUCUUACUAAGAAAGGAAAGCGCUUAAGGGAAUGGGACCAGGUCCUAGAAAACUGAGGAUCCAAAUUCUGCCUCAGAGUACUUUCUGAGCAUCCUGAGUGUCCCUCACUGCUGUCCUCACCUAUCUCUAUAUAAAUACACAUCUCACCAACUGGC